AUGGAGAAAUCUUUGGCUGGUAAUUCAAGUGAUGAUGCAAAGAGUACUACUUGCCCUAGAGGCCACUGGAGACCUGCUGAGGAUGACAGACUCAGGCAACUUGUUGAACAAUAUGGUGCACAAAACUGGAAUUCUAUUGCGGAGAAGCUCCAAGGAAGAUCAGGUAAGAGUUGCAGAUUGAGGUGGUUUAAUCAACUUGAUCCUAGAAUCAACAGGAGACCUUUCAGUGAAGAGGAAGAGGAGAGACUACUAGCAGCUCAUCGCAUUCAUGGAAACAAAUGGGCUCUAAUAGCCAGACUAUUUCCAGGUCGAACUGAUAAUGCUGUGAAAAAUCAUUGGCAUGUCAUAAUGGCAAGAAAGCAAAGGGAACGAUCCAAGCUAUGUGGAAAGAGGAGUUAUCAAGAUAAUCUUAGUGACUCCAACGCCACCUCUAAUAGUUCACAAGCAAGGAAAUCAAAGGCUCCAGAGGUGUUCAGUUCAAGAAUUGCAUUUGAGGACUCUAGAGUCCUGGAAUUUCGAAACCCCAGUAAAGAUAGGAUAUUCUCAAUAUCUCCUUCUAGUUCUUCACCUUCUUGGAAUUUUGCCCCACCAAACAUAGUAGCUUCAAACAAUUCUUCUUCAGUGGACUUAUCAAGAAGGGAAGGAAGAGAUAAUUACUUCAAUUCAAGUUUAUUUUGCACCACCGAGAGCUCCAAAAUCUCUGAUCAAUCUAUUUAUAGAUACUACAUGAAUUCUUCGGUGUAUGGCGGCUAUCGUAGUUCAAAUAUAUUCGGGCUUCCGAACUAUAGAAGGGUUGUUCCAAGUCCUUUUCGAUACCUUAAGCUUGGAGAUGAUUAUGAAAACCAUGGAAAGGUCAAGAAAGAGUUGGCAAGUUCUUGCCAUAAUUCAUCCACAUUAAAGAAUAUGAGAGCGACGAGUAACCAUCAAGAGCAAGGAGAUCAUGAAUCUAUCAGACACAAGGAUGUUCCUUUCAUAGAUUUUCUUGGGGUGGGUAUAUCUUCUUGA